GGCAUGUGUGUCCUGUGGAGGGCGACAGAGCGCUGUAAACACAGAUCCGUGAUUACUGUGAAGAAACCAGGAAACAGUCAUGCACGUGCUCUGCUUAAAAGCAGCCAGCACUCCCUCCUCUUGACAGUUGAAGCAAUACAUACAGACGAGAGCAAACUUCUGAAGACAAACACUUAGAGCCUCUUCAAGAUGAUGAAGGAGAACUUCAAUGAGAACUCUGACAUUGUAUCAGAGACAACACACAGGUGUGGCUGGCCUUGCCUUGGGCCUUUGACUUUCCACAGUCAGGCAGCAGGCAACAAAGUCAACCUGAGCCAUGGUUGCUGCCGCGCAGAGCGGAACAGGGACACCUUCAAGAACGGCGUGGUGUUCAGCAGCCGUCCCGUGAAGCCCAUGGAGAAGAUUCGUCUGCGGGUGGAGAAGGAUGUGUCAAACUGGCAUGGUGGUCUACGUGUGGGCUUCACUAAUGUCCCGCCAUCAUCCAAGUCUCUGCCACUGCCAGCCAUGGCCAUCCCCAACCUCACCAGCACCCCUGGGCACUGGGCCGCUCCUGUGCUUGAGUCCUUGUGCAGCCGGGGCUCAGAGCUGGAGUUCUGGGUCUCAUCUGGAGGCUCCAUCUACGUCAAUGGGCACAACAGCAACAAACACAAGCUGACGACAGGAGUGGACCUCAGCCGGCCGCUGUGGGCCAUGAUCGAUGUCUAUGGAAACACAUGCUCCAUCCUCCUCCUGGGCUCGAAGAAAGUGACCUGGUCUAUCACAAAAACCUCCUGUCCUGUACCUGAACACCUCACCUCACAUGCUGUCAACCCACACAACUGGUCAAUCAGUGACUUGAGCCAAUAUGGAAGCAGUGAAGAAACCAUCUCUUUUCUUGAAAUGGAAGACGGAACAGAUGCAAGCAGUACACUGGACUGUGUGGUGUGCAUGGCAAAACGCGCCAGAAUAACUCUGCCUUGUGGCCACCGGUGUCUGUGUAUCUACUGCUCUCCCAGGGUCCUCAAGGAGUUUGGAUGUUGCCCACUGUGUCGAGGUCAAGUCUGAGCUCCAUAAGAGGAGGAGAGACGUGGGAACCUUGCAGGGGAGCGGGUUCCCCAGAACACAAGCUAUACUGAGUGACUGUGACAAGAAAACACUAUGAACUAAAACUACUGAAUGUAUCCUGGUCAGCAAAAUGCUGUCACAUGAUAUUACACUGUGCCUUUGUUAAUGUGUAAAUGUUGUACAGAAGGUGUGAAAUCAAAUAUGCUGAGGUGUUAAUGUGAUGAUUACACUUGUGCUCUGAUCAUGUGAACAAAAUAAGUGAAAACUGGAAAAUGAAGAAAACUGCACUUUUACCAUGAAUGUGAUGAGAGGAUAAAAGUUUCAGGGCAAAACUGGAAAGUGAAAUGAACUCAGCAUAAUGUAAAAAAUGUUUUUGAUUGUAAGGCGUAUUAAGCCUUUGUGAUCAUGUAAACUCAGAAUCAGUGUGUAUAGUUGUAAA